AUGCUCAUUGUAUGGGUCGCCAUAGUGUGUUCAUUUAACCCUGUAGGCGCCUGGAGAAGUGAAAGGGGGCUCAGAGACAGAGCUGAAACCCAUGAGACGAAAGGCGAAACUAAAGCAAAUGACAAGACUACAGGCUCCACAUCGGUCCACCACGGAGACAAGCAUGUUGACGACACAUACACCGAACUAAAUGAGGCUUUAAAAGGGAAUAUGCGCCAAAAAGUGGACGCAGCGAUUGCUAGUAGCGCUAUUCAGUCGCAACCGAGGGGCCUCCCUGUAUCCGUCAAUGGAACAAGCAGCGAAAAGCGAGAUGACAUUGUAUACCAACCUGCUAAAGGAUUUUUGAAUACAGCAUACUUCAAUACGCUUCUGGUCAUUUUCGCAAUCCUAGUGCUUGUCCUCACGCUGGUCGCCGACAUAGAAAUGCGAAUACAGUCCAAGGAUGAAUUCAUGCGGCAGGCUUUCGACAACUGCGUGCGGCAGGUUGCGCUCAUGAGUUUCGUAACCCUCAGUCUUUACAUUGCAAUGCACACGGAUUUGGCCAAACGGCUGGACGAACUCUUCGUCAGGGAUUCAAAACACCUUGAGGUCUUCGAUGCACUCAUGCAAAUAUCAUUCUUCCUGUUCUGUGGGUUCUUUUUGUAUUGUAUAUACAUCGGUAUCGUGGUGUCAAGGUGGACUAAGUUCAUGCGUAAAGCAGAUGAGGCAGAUGUGCUGACCUCCGCGAAAGAGUUCGACUUCGUCAAGGGCAGCCUGUUUAGCUGGAACCGCACCGCCAUCGACAAGGCCAGGUACAUGGUCAACAGAAUGGAGUUCGGUGAUGCCGUCAAGCAGAGGGGGUACUCGGACGUUGGCGGCUGUUAUUUCAUGGAUUACCUUAGAGCCUCGCUUAUACAGAUAGCGAUGACCCUGAUUAGGAUAUCGCGUGUGAGCUUGUUUGUGGCGUUAGUGGUGCUUGUAGCAUUGAGGUUCAUAGGCCCCGUCCAUAUCAUGCGCACCAUACACAUCCUCUCGUCUCUAAACACCGCGGCUGUAGUCGCUCUUGCUUGGCGGAUUUGGUAUAUAGAAUCGCAUCUUUACCCGCCAGAACUAUCGCAAUAUAUGCUUUUGAAGCUCAAUGUGUCCGACGUCGGUGAAGCGUUGCAGCCUACGUACAAGGGGGACAACAACGAGUAUACACCAUCUAACAUCGUACAAUACUGGAUCUGUGGGGACACGGCAAUAAACGCUCAUGAAAAUUUGUUCUGGUUGAAGCAACAUGGUCCCGUCGUACUGCACAAGGCCUUCGAAGCGUUGCUCUUCUGCCACCUCAUGAUACUAUCCGUAUGGUUAUAUUGCUUGAAAAACAACGCCAGUGCUAUUACUGAGGAUUACGAUGCCGCUGCUCCGAUUGUAGGCACUCUGAUAGUCGCCUUGCUCGCACCGAGCAUGCUUUACUCCCUGGUGAUCGUGACCAGGUGCGGCAACCUGAUCGAUUUCGAGCUUUUGGAGAAGGUUCUCACGUCACACAAAAACGAAAAUGCCAAAAAUGCGCUGCAGUUAAUCGACUCGCUAGCCUUGGAGGCAAUCAUAUUCGCGUUGGAGAAGGGCGCGGAUGAUCAGUGGAGAAAAUUACUGGCUAAGCAGAAGGCGCUACCAGAUGCCAUUAAUAACCAACUGAUGUCGCAUUGGAAUUCCAUGAAGAAUGGAAAGGAUGAAAUUAAGUUCUCCGCGCUGCUAAAGUACUUCCAAUCGCAAUGGGGAAACUUCCGCUCGUGUAACCAACAGCGCAUGAAGGAUUUCGUCAAGCAGUUCAUGCACAACGACCCGAAAACCAUGAACUGCCAGGAGUUUAUGGUCUUUGGAUACGCCAUCAAAAGCAUGAUACUAACACCGCUGGAAGAAGAGUAUCAAAUUGCGCUCUUUGAAGACAAGUUCGAGAUCCCAUGGCGGUCGCCAUGCGGCAUUGACCUUAACAAUUUCGAUGCGAUUAUAACGAAGCUGAAUAUCAAGUGGAUCAAGAGUUCUCAAAGGCACUUUUUGGAGUUUAUUGCAGGGGGUGCUGUUGAAGGCAUCUCGCCGCAUUAUCUAAUAAGGCAACUUGACAACUUCCAACAAGCCUGCCAGAAAAACUACUUUAGCACGGUAUAA